AUGAACGCCAAGAUUCAUUACAACCUUGGAAAAGUGAUGGGAGAUAGCGGGUUGACAAAGGACGCCGAGAAGAACUACUGGAAUGCGAUAAAGUACUCGAGAGAGAGAGAGAGAGAGAGAGACUGAAGAAAUUAGGGCCACAAACAUCACUUCUUGUUGUUUCAGACUAAACCCGACCUAUGAACAAGCGCUCAACAACUUGGGAAAUCUUCUCGAAAAGUCUGGAGAUAGCAAAACCGCGGAGAGUUUGUUAGCCAGAGCAGUCGCAUUGAAACCAAACUUUGCGGUGGCGUGGAUGAAUCUUGGGAUAUCGCAGAUGAACUUGCAAAAAUUCCAAGACGCAGAAAAAUCACUCAAAAACUCAUUGGCUCUCCGUCCCAAUUCCGCGCAUUGCCUGUUCAAUCUCGGAGUACUCUAUCAAAGAACAAAUCGCGAGUUGUUAGCAAUGUCCGCGUGGAAAAACGCGACAAUGUAAGUCAGAGAAAGCAUAGCGUGUGAAAAUGAGUCAUUUUUUCUUUUUCAGAGUCGAUUCCUCCCACGCGCACUCUUGGACGAAUCUCUUCGUGGUUCUUGAUCACUUGGAUAAUUGUGUGGAAGUUCUUGAACUGGCUUCUCAAGCACUGUUGACUGUUCCGCAAGAGUCAAGGGUUCACAUGCAGAUUGGGUCGUGUUAUGCGAAACAAAAAGAGUUUUCAAAGGCUGAGUACCAUAUAACUACUGCAAUAGACUUGAGUCCGACUUCGCCCUUGUAUCAUGCAAAUCUCGGUACCUGAUAGUAAUUAUAAAACUUACAGAAAUUUGUUUUUUUUCCAGGAGUACUGUUUCAACGCAUGAAUCGAGUGAAAGAAGCUGAAACCCAAUAUCGAGUUGCUUUGAUGAUGGACUCGAAGAACACAAUUGCAAAGCAGAAUCUGUUGAAGCUAGAGCAAAGCAGUCCCGGAAACUCUACAACACCCUGA